GUGUUAAUUCCAGCCGAGCAGCCAUUCAGUCUCGCGCCUCAACACAAUGCGUAUGGUAUUUGGGCAACAAUCUUUCUUAAUCUUUUCACAGGCUGUUUACUGGUGUUACUUUAGGAAUCCCAAGACUCUGCCGUCGUGAUCUGUUAGAAAUUUAGGUGCAUAAUAGUGAGGGUGUCUUUGAAAUAUGCCGAGGGAUAAGAAGAACAAGCGUGCUGCUGCUGCUGCUGCUGCUACUGCUGCAGCUGCAGCAUUGCCAGUUGCAGAUGAUGAUACUGCAAGCAUUACCAGUGACAAGACAGACUCCACAGCUCAGAUUACUGAUGGAGAGGAAGGUCUGUCGGAGAUGGAGACCUAUGAGCAGAAAGUGCGUGAAGCAAUGGACUUAGCCUUGGAGAAGUCUGUUCAGACUCGCACCAAUGCCCUAACAGCUUUAACAACCGCUUUCCAGAAAAGGGUGAUGACGCAAUUUCUGCUUGACAACUACCAGACAAUUACCGACUUAGUGGAGCGUUCAUUGAGGAAGGGUCGAGGUCCCGAGCAAGUGGCUGCAGCACGUCUGGCCACGACGCUGGUUGUUAGCCUCUCACCUGUCGCUGAAGCUGAGAAGGUUUUCAAGACCCUAAACCCGAUUCUGACAGUGUUGGUGACAGAUCCCUCUGCUGCAGUGGCAGCACGGCAAGAUGGUGCAUUAGCAAUGGCUUUAUCAGCAUUUUUAGCAUGCCAUGAUCUUGCUGAUGUUACUGCUGCCAUGAACACUCUUCAUACUCUGUUUGCCGGAUCACUUCCAAAGGGUAAUGGAGAAUUACCCAACCAUCCUCCAGCAGUGUCUGCUAUGCAUACAGCAGCCCUAAAUGGUUUCUGUUUGUUGUUGUGUCUCUUGUCACCCACAACAAUUUAUACAAUGGCUAACAAAUUAGUGAAGGAGAUGUUUGAUCUUCUGGGAAGUAGUGAUUUGGAUCUACGUAUUCAGGCAGGCGAAGCUGUAGCUUUGAUUUAUGAGACGCUCGAAUACAUGAUGAGAGAUUACUCCUGGAAUCGAGAAGCAGAUCUUUGCUCCGUUCUGAAAGAAUUAGCUACAGAUUCCCGGUUCCGAGCAAAAAAGGACCGGAAGCAACAGAGAGCAUCUUUCAGGGAUGUUGUGAGGACAGUGGAAGAAGGGGAACAGCUGUAUGAAACAGUGUUUGUAGGGCCACAGAAUCAACGCCAAGAACUGAUCCUUGAUACCUGGUCACUCAAGUGGCAGUACUCUUCCUUAUGUCACAUCAUAGGGCAAGGGAUAAGUGUUCACAUUUCUUACAAUAUUGGGAUACGUGACAUAUUUGCAUUGGGACCACCACCAAUUCAAAUGGACCAUGGAAUGGCACUGCUAGCAAGGAAAACCCAAAAAAGACCAAACCGGGAAUCUCCAGCCAGCAAAGCUCGACAAAUGGCACGCAACAAGAGUGACAAUAGACAGGCAGCCAAAGUCUAUGAAGAUUAAAACUUUCUCUGUUAUAUUUUUGUAUCAGUUUAAAUCAACAAAUAUCCAUUUAUUCUCAGAAUGCAUCUUUAUGUUGUCCUUUCUUCUCUUUCUUCUGCUUUUGAAUGGAGCAGUGGAUUAAUGUGUAUGCAGAUGGUUUUUCUUUAAGGAUCACUUAUUUUGUAGUUUUCUGAAGUCUGACGACCUAAUGCUUGGGGACGGAGACUAAUUUGUUUUUAUGCAAAUUUAUAUGUGAGGAAAUGGAUGGAGGAAUAUUUGAUAUCUCUACAGACAUACAUAAGUGUAUGUGCGUGUAUUAAAUACAAAUGUAGUCAAUACAUACUAUCAUACACAAAUAUAUCUGUA